AUGGCAUCCUUCCACCACUGCACCCCCGUCGUGCUCAUCGGCACCUUCAACAUGAGUCAGCGUCCCAUCGAGCAGGACCUCUCGGACUGGCUGGCAACCCACCCCUCGCUCUCCUCCCUCUCCUCCUCUGCCGUCGAGUCUGCCCCAACCAGCCCCGUUGUCUCUGCCGCAACCUCGCCCGCAACCACCUUUGCCGACUCUGCCAUGUCCUCCACCCCUCUCAUGCCCGAUAUCGUCGCCGUUGCCCUCCAAGAGGUCGUCCCCUACCCAGACGCCUUCAUCCACAACACCUACCAUAUCCGCCAAAAGAUCGACGACCUUGCCCAGUUGAUCCUCAGAACCCUCCACCGCACCUGUCCCGGCCACCGCUUCAGCCUGGUCUCACAGUCUGCCCAGGUCGGGAUGGCCCUCUUUAUCCUCACCAGGGACAGUUCCAUGACCGAGCAUGUGGAACGGAUCUCGAACGCCUCUGUGGGGACCGGACCCCUGGGGAUGGGGAACAAGGGCGCGAUUGCGACCAGGCUUUCGAUUCGCUUGCCGUUGACCGCAAGCAGUCGUCCCAACUUUGAGAUCUGCUUCAUCAAUGCUCACCUGAGCGCACACCUGAACAAAAUCAAGCGCAGGAAUGAUGACUACCUGGCGAUCUGUAGGCGCAUGGUGUUCUUGCAUGAUGACGAUAACCAUUUCCAGGGACUCUUGUUCGAGCACCAGAACAGGCUCUCGUCCUCCUCCGUGUCGCUCAUGUCGUCCUCCUCGUCCCUGUCCUUGUCCAUGUCCUUGUCGGAGGAGGAUUUACAACGUCAGCAGCAACAACAGCAACAGGAUGAUGAUGACUCGGUAUACCAGUUCGAUAGUGACUCUAGGCCUUUGCUGUCGGGUAAGCGAUCCAUAUCCUCGAGUGGCAAGGGCAGUAAGAGGGCCCAUCCACACCGUCAGGACAACCACUCGCAGGGGAAGAAAAUUCAGUGGGAGGAAAGCAUCUUUUCGUGCGACUACAUCUUCUGGACCGGCGACCUCAAUUACCGUCUCGACCUUGCUCAGUCCGAUGGCUCGCUCAACAAGAAGAAGAAGAAGGCCAAGCUCUCAUCCGAUGAUCUGUUGUCUCAGUCAGAGAUGCCGGACCUGACCGCGGGAGAGAUUGUCCAUGCGAUCGAAUCCGGGUUCCUACGACAGCUUUACAGCCAUGACCAGCUCUCGGCCCAACGCAAGACCAUGAAUGUCUUCCGGGGGUUCCGUGAGGCCCCGAUUACGUUCCCGCCGACGUACAAGUUCCGGAUGGGAUCGAAUCAGUACGAUAUCGCGAAGCGUGUGCCGGCAUGGACGGACAGGGUGCUGUGGUAUGUCCAUCCGAGGGAUGCGUCGAGUUUGGAGGAAGAAAAGGAGGAUGAGCUGGAUGCGUGGGAUGAGCAUUCGCAGGGACUGGGUUUAGGAGCAUUGCCGAUGGAAGCCGCCGGACGGAUGUUGGCCUUCAAGGCCGUGGGGUCAUCAGCGAACUUGAAGAAAUCGCGAUCGAGAGGCACGUUCACGAGUCUGGCGAAGAAGGGCGGUGCGAGGGCGGUGAUCAAUGCGGGGGUGUUCCAACCACCGCUGGCGGCGGAGCCCGUGCAGGAUAGCUCGGUCGUGGGGGAUUCGUCCCUCUAUCGGAUACCACUGACAACGGCGCGGUCGACGAGUUCGACGGGCAGUCUCUCUUCGAGGACUGGGCAGACGGCACUUUUGCUGCAGCAGCAACAGCAGCAACAGACCUUGACACAGUCCUCGGCCUCGACAAUGCUGUCGACGACGUCUGAAGGGGAGGUGUGCCAGAGUCCAUUGCUGAUCCAUUACUACACGUCCCAUCCGUACUACCAGUCGUCGGACCAUAAGCCGGUCUCGGCGCUUUUCACACUGCUGCCACAUAAUCUGGCAACACAGCUGGAGCCGAGUCCGUAUGGUAUUGAUCAGGCGUGGAGGCGCAAGAAGUGGACAGGCCAGAAACUGACGACGGUGGCUGGACAUUUGUUGAGGUGGGGCUUUGUGGUGUUGGGGCUCAGUGUAUUUGGGUCGCUCCUGGUCCUCGUGCGGCGGCAUCUUCAGGGGUGGUAG